GGGGUGGCCCCUUCCUAUUGGCUGGGUAUUUACCCAGAGAGUUGGCUUUCAAAUAAAAGAACCACGGAAUAAGGCAAAGAGUGCUAGUCAAAACAGCAAGAAGGAAGAUGGCAAGAACAUUGAUUCUUUUGCUUGGGGGCCUUGUGGUUCUAUGUGCCGGGCAUGGUGUAUUUAUGGAUAAACUUUCUUCUAAGAAGUUGUGCGCAGAUGAGGAGUGUGUCUAUACUAUUUCUCUGGCUAGAGCACAGGAAGAUUACAGUGCCCCAGACUGUAGGUUCAUCAAUGUCAAGAAAGGGCAGCAGAUCUAUGUUUAUUCCAAGCUGGUAACAGAAAAUGGAGCUGGAGAGUUUUGGGCUGGCAGUGUUUAUGGUGACCACCAGGAUGAGAUGGGAAUUGUGGGUUAUUUCCCCAGCAACUUGGUCAAAGAGCAACGAGUAUACCAGGAGGCCACCAAGGAGAUCGCGACCACGGAUAUUGACUUCUUCUGUGAAUAAGGAAUUAAUUAAAACCGCAGAUAAAACAGAAACACCAAUGAUGAAGAAGAGAAGAAGUGGAAAUAACCAAAGCUGUGUAUCUGUACCUUUCUGGCUUUAUUUGGUGGCAGGAGGUCGGAUCUAGAAGGUGCUAAUAUAUGGAAAUUGUCAACUCAGUCUUGUUUGCUCUUGCCCUGGUCUUUCCACAGACUGCGACUACUAGCUGUGGGAAUCGUAUAGGUCAUUUAUAAUCCAGUGCUUAGCUUUCAGUGAGGAGAAUCUUCAUUUACCAAGUGAUACACAUACAAGAUGUUUUAUUUGUAGUUAUUUCUAAAUGGCCAUUCUCCCCAGCUCUGGCUCCAUGUAUAUAAGCUUGCUGAGUUACAAGUCUGCAUUUGAAUGUGUUUUCUGUUAUUUGUCUCUUUGGUCAUUUGAAGUCUUAACACUUUAUUUGUCACAAUAGUUUAGUAUUGUUACUUUUUAUAUUUGAUACCCUUGGAUAUAAGAAUGUUAGGUAUAAAAAGAGUUUUGGACUCAUAAACAUUUGGACUAUG